CGCAGCGCCUCGCCCGCAGCCCGGGCCGAAUACAGCGGAGCUGGGCAGGGCUGAGCAGCCGGUGGAGAUGUCUGCCCAGAGGUUAAUUUCUAACAGAACCUUCCAGCAAUCUGACUACACCUGGGAAUAUGAGUAUUAUGAGAUUGGACCAGUUUCCUUCGAAGGAUUGAAGGCUCAUAAAUAUUCCAUUGUGAUUGGAUUUUGGGUUGGUCUUGCAGUUUUUGUGAUUUUCAUGUUUUUUGUGCUGACCUUGCUGACCAAGACGGGGGCCCCUCAUCAAGACAAUGUCGAGUCCUCAGAGAAGAGAUUCCGAAUGAACAGCUUUGUGUCAGACUUUGGGAAACCGCUGGAGCCAGACAAAGUGUUUUCCCGCCAGGGCACUGAAGAAUCUAGAUCUCUCUUUCACUGCUACAUCAAUGAAGUGGAGCGCCUGGACAAGGCCGUGGCUUGUCACCAGACCACGGCUGUGGACAGCAACGCGCAGCUCCUGGAAGCCCGCAGAGGCAGUGAGAGGGCAGAGGCAAAGGAGCUGAACAGGCUGAUGAAGUUUGACAUCCCCAACUUUGUGAACACGGACCAGAACUCAUUUGGGGAGGACGAUCUUCUGAUUUCAGAACCACCUAUUGUUCUAGAAAAUAAGCCAGUUUCCCAAACCUCCCAUAAAGACCUGGACUAAGAAACAUCUCUGCGUCUUUCCAAAGAUGUAGGUUCUGUCUUUAUUCCCCAAAUGUGUGCAUGUGUGAGAGAGACAGAGAGGAGAGCCUUCCCUGGAAUAUGGCUGCGGGUUCUCAUUGUUGGGUUUGUUGUCCUUUGUUUGACUUUUAACACACUGUUUUUUCUUUUAAGUAUUUGCACUAUCUCAUCCUCCUUGUGGAAAAUUUGUGCAAAUAGCACAGCACUCUUGGAUGAGGAUUAAUGUAUGCAUUCUAAUCUGGCCCUGCCGCCCUCACUCUGUACCUUGAGCAAACUGCUUGGCCUCUCUGGGCUGCAAUAGUUUUAGUGGUCAGUGAUGACUAGAGUGGGCAAUCUCUCCUGGUACUAGUGCUUGGUGAAUGGAUGACUUUGCAGCCAAGGCAAGCUGCGACAGACAUAAAGCAGUAGAAAGAAGGGUCCCCCAAUCUCUGUACCUUCAAUGCAGUCCUUCAUCAAGCCAUGCUUUAGUGAGGAGAUCUUUAUGCACCCAGGACCAUACGGUCGUCGUGGUAAACAUUUCUGCUGGGCUUUGCUGAAACAGUUCUCUAGAGGUUCUCUAAUCCCCAUGCUCCAGCCUGUCUAUCCCACAGUGAGUACCAAUCCAUGGUAUGCCACGUGGCACUUCUGUCCCCAAGAAAUGUAGGGAAAGUUGGCAUCUGAAUGGGUCUUCUGCCUGUCUUUGUGUUGGUGUAUCAGUGUCACACUGCUGUGCCACUGACUUCAGAACAAGGAAAGCAGGAUUCGCCAUGUGCAGGUGAUGGUCAUGUGGCUUUGAGCUGAGGUGGUUGGUGGCAUUGGCAUACCACACUCAAGGAUUCUCAGGGUGGCCUUCCAUUAUGAGUGUGGAUUUCAUGAAGGAAUCAAACCUGCACACUGGAAUGGGAACCAACUUGGAGUUGUACACAUAGCUGUAUGCAUGCCAAGCUGCUAAUCAGGGGCAGGCAAUCGCAUUAUGAAUUUGUUUACCA